AUGAAGUUCAUCGUCUUCGCCGUUGCCACUCUGGCUUCCUUUGCGACAGCUGCACCAGAGGCGUCCGGGGAGACCACCAAGUGCAAGCCCGCUACUUAUCGAUGCCAGUCUUCUCACAAAGGCUGGGAAGUAUGCAACACCAGCGGCCAAUGGGUUUUUGCGGGUGCAUGCCCCGCGAGGACUCUAUGCAAGUUCAAUGAGGCCAAUGGGUCCCCGUACUGCCUACCACGCGGCUUCAAGGCAGUAAAAGAUGGCGAGGACGAGAUGUGA